UUAUAUAUAUAUGCUCCUGCUUCCAUACUUAGCUUACCAUCAUCAUCAAUCAGCUGCUUCAUGCCAUAAUAAUAAUGUUCCUCCUUGGGUGUUGAACAUGGUGGCCACUCGACUGAUCCCACUCCCCCUUGAUGACCUUCCUCAAGAUGAACAUAUUUACGUUAAUGCUAAACAGUACCAGGCAAUUCUCCGGCGCCGGCAAUGCCGUGCAAAGCUUCAAGCCCACAACAGCCUUUCCAGGCUUCGAAAGCCGUAUCUGCACGAGUCGCGACAUAUCCACGCUUUGAAUAGGGCUAGAGGGCCAGGCGGCCGAUUCUUGAAUGUGAAGAAGAAGGUCAUCUCAUCACAACUCUCUUGCCGGAAUGCCUGCAAGUUGCCGACGGUGAAAGUAUCUAUCGCUGGCGUGAACUCCGGUGAGACAGGUAGCUCCGGCGGUUAAUUAGGGGAUGAUGCCAGGCCACCGCCCGGUUCAAUAUUGUUUGUUGCUGAAAAUAGAUAGUCAUCCCUGCAGCCCGGCUAUCAAAUUAUAUUAGUAGAUAAAAUUGUAGAAUCUAUUUGAUUUUUUUUUUUUGAAUUAGUCAGCUUUAAUCAAUUUAGAUUGCUUUAAUUU